AUGUCAACUUCAGCAAUGUUACUACCCGGACAACCGCUCCCAGCGAAUUUAGUUGCUCCUCCUUUACCUCAGUGCGGAUCAGGUUGUUACGAAUUGAACGGUAGGAUAAUAGCUAGUGUGAUUGGCAAGCCAAAGAGAGAUGGAUCGAUAGUUAGUGUGAUAGGCAGAGAAGAGACUGGGAACACACCUGAUGUUGGAUCUGUUGUUAUUGGAACAAUAUCCCGUCUGACAACACAACAAGCCCACGUAACUUUGACGACAUCGAAUGAUCGCCCAUUACCAGAGACCAGCGAAGAAUUUUUAGGAGUAAUCAGGAUCGCCGACGUCAGAUUGACCGAGAGGGAUAAAGUGAAAAUUGGAGAAUGUUUCAGAUUGGGUGAUUUGGUCAAAGCUAGAGUUCUGUCCUUGGGCGACGCAAGGAGUUAUUAUCUCUCAACAGCAGCGAACGAAUUAGGUGUCGUAUACGCCAUCUCAGAAGGAGGAAACCCCCUCGUACCGGUGUCGUACCAAGAAAUGGAAGAUGAAAUUACCGGGAAGAGAGAGAAGAGGAAAGUCGCAAAACCAGAAGGUAUAUAG